GUGGCCUCCAUCGCAAUAUUCCGCACCAACCGCCUAGAGCCAUGGCCAGCAGUGCUGUUAUGUUGCGAAAUACAGUGUGGAAAGCAAAACUGGCGGUACCGUUUCAGGUAUCCCUGCAAUGCAAACACACUUCGGCGGCCAGUCCGAAGCUGGAGAAGAUCCGGGAACGGCUGGAGAGUGGACCCCACUUUCAGGACUUUGUGCAACAUCCGGACUACAAUCGGGAUGACUGGUCGACGUACGAGGGCAAGUUGCGGCGCGAGAAGGGUGAGAACGAACGGCUUCGGCUGCCCCCGUGGCUGAAAACGAAGAUCCCGAUGGGCAAAAAUUACACGCGCAUCAAGGAACAGCUGCGCGAACUGAAGCUGGCCACGGUGUGCGAAGAAGCCAAGUGUCCGAACAUCGGAGAAUGCUGGGGUGGCGGCGAACAUGGCACCCAAACGGCCACUAUCAUGCUAAUGGGUGACACGUGCACCCGGGGAUGUCGGUUCUGUAGCGUCAAAACUGCACGUGCACCACCACCGUUAGAUCCGGCCGAACCGGUCAACACGGCAACGGCCAUCGCCUCGUGGGGCUUAGAUUACAUCGUGCUAACGUCAGUCGAUCGGGACGAUCUCGCGGACGGUGGGUCGAAGCAUAUUGCGGCAACCAUCACGGAGAUAAAAAAGCGAAAUCCUCGCAUUUUUGUCGAAUGCCUGGCGCCCGACUUUCGUGGCGAUGCGACGUGUAUCGAAACGGUGUCCCUGUCCGGGCUGGAUGUGUAUGCGCACAACAUCGAGACGGUCGAGGCUUUGACGCCGUUCGUGCGCGAUCGGCGUGCUCGCUACCGGCAGAGCUUGGACUGUCUGCAGAGCGUGAAGCGCUUCAACCCGAAUCUCAUCACCAAAUCAUCGAUCAUGCUCGGGUUAGGCGAGACAGAUGAACAAGUCGAGCAGACGCUGAAAGAUCUCCGGUCCGUCGGUGUCGACUGCCUUACCCUCGGCCAGUACAUGCAGCCGACCAAGCGACACCUGAAGGUGAUCGAGUACGUGACUCCGGAAAAGUUCAAGCACUGGGAAGAGCGUGGCAAGGAGCUUGGCUUCCUUUACACGGCCAGUGGUCCGCUCGUACGCAGCUCCUACAAAGCGGGCGAAUUUUUCAUCACCAGCAUCCUUCGAAAUCGAGCCGAAAAGGUUGAGUAACCGUAAGGCGUACGGCUGCUUCUGCUUCACCCGCUUUAAUUAGUGCAAUAAAUGUGUUUGUUUUGAAAUAAGAUA